AACAAUAAUACCGCAGUUGUUCAGCUAUUAAAAUUAGCGUAGCGGAGUGUUUUUGUGUUUGGGUGCAAUGUUUGAGAUCGUUUCCAGUUUGGAUUUUGAAUCAUUAGAGGCGAUAGCGAGUGGUCAGAUUUCCGUUCUUAUGGUCACGGAACGUAAACGUCACACAGAUCACGUGACCAACACUAGGAAGUAACUCCAGUGUCAACAAUAUACGGGGCAGACAUGGCUUCUUCAGACUGGCACCUGUCUCUGAAGCUGGUGGAUCAGCCCAAAUCCAUCUUCCACUUCCCGGAGAUGAUGCCAGGAGAUGUUCCACCAGGAGGAUACAGAGUCGCUACGUUAAAGCAGCUGGUAGCGGCUCAGCUCUCGGACUCCGUCCCGGACCCUGAACUAAUUGAGCUGGUCCACUGUGGGCGGAAACUGAAAGAUGACCUGACCCUGGAUGCCUGUGGGAUUCAACCAGGAUCCACCUUACACAUUCUCAAAAGGACGUGGCCCGAGCCCGAGAGCAGUCCAGAGCCGGUGAACAGAGCUACUGCAGCCAGAGAGUUCAGGGUGUUUCAUGCUGCUCUUCAUCCUCUCAACUCUGCCUACAGAGAUUCGGUAUAUAAAAUGCUAACAAAUAAAGAGUCCCUGGACCAGAUCAUUGUGGCUACACCGGGGCUCAGAUCAGACCCCGUAGCUUUAGGGGUUCUCCAAGAUAAAGACCUCUUUGUGCAGUUCACAGACCCCAACAUGCUGGAUGUAUUAAUCAGUUCACACCCAGCACUCGUCAACGCCAUAAUCCUGGUGCUGCACUCGGUGGCGGGCAGCAUGCCUGCACAGUCCAGCAGCAGCUCCUCUCGCAACGUCUCUGCCAGUUCCUACGGUGAUAUGCCAGGAGGCUUCAUGUUCGAGGGCAUGUCUGACGAUGAAGAAGACUUUCAGUCCGGCAGCCCAGCGGGUCCGUCAAACAGGGCCGGGGUCUCAGCAGGAAUGCGACCCGUGUCUCUGAGCCACAGUGGCGCAACGGGUCCUCGGCCAAUAACGCAGAGCGAGCUGGCGACGGCUCUGGCCCUCGCCAGCACUCCCGACAGCAGUGCAGUCACUCCCACGACAGCCAAUCAGGUGGACCCCUCCGGUGUGGCCCCCAUGCCAUCAGGGACACCAGUUAGCAACGACCUUUUCAGCCAAGCGCUACAACAAGCUCUGCAGGCCACCAACAUGUCGGCUCUGCAGGGCCGCUGGCAGUCCCAGAUGCAGCAGCUCAGGGACAUGGGGAUCCAGGAUGAGGAGCUAAUGCUGAGGGCGCUGCAGGCCACAGAUGGUGACAUUCAAGCUGCCCUCGAGCUCAUAUUUGCUGGAGGCCCAGGACUCUGAGCCCAUGCUGAGCUCGUCAUCAUGCUGUCCAGAAUGUUAAAUAAAAGCUUUAGACAUGUUCGA